AUGUCCGACAAGACUGCUUCAAUACAAGAGCCCUAUUGUGGCAUCUGUCGAGAGCCUAUUGGUCUUUCUGAGAGCCAUUCAUCCCUGCAAUGGGAUGAAGAUCCGGAAGGGAACGUCAAGACCUUCGUGGAUCGGAGCUGGUUCUAUUGCUACCGUGCAAUUUGUGUUCAAAAACCCGCUGACCAACCACCGAGAGAGAAAUAUCACCUUUCUGGAGUCGGCGCCUACCUGAACAAAGAACUCGUCUUCGAAUUGCCCGCAGAGAGUGAUUGUGUUUCACAGCUCGCGCAGCAAUAUAAAUCGAAAGGCCCGCUUACAAAAUUGCCGUUGAUGACUAACAUGAAAUAUGUUUCUUGGUGCGACGAGAAACCCAGCGUCUAUCCACAGGCAUACACAAUUCACGACAAAUGUUGGCACUACCUUAACGGUGCCUUGGCGGCUGACUUAAAGCACCAACUGCCACGUCUUCUAGCUGCCCUCCGUACUCGAUGUAACAGUCGGCCAUCUUCAGGUUGCGGUUAUGUCAAGGAUCGGCUAGCCGUAAUAAUGGAUACACGAGAUUUCUUUGUCGACGCAUGUAUGCGAGAUCUUAAUAUCGAUGGCAUUGACAAUAUGUUCAGCACUUUUCUGGGCAUGUAUCUCACCAAGAUGUUCUUUUUCAGCAAUUUUGGACCUCGAAAACACGACAAUGCUAACUGGAAUCGGAGCAUCUUGCAAGGCCGUAACUUGCCCAACGAAAUACAUGAGAUGAUAGCAAUGCACUUGGACUUUUCGACUCUUGUCUCGUACAUGAAAGCUCUGGGGCUCAGAUUCGGAGACAUCUUCUGGAAAGGCCGCCUCCGAAAAGUCAAGCAGAUCAAAGAUUUCGGGCCAUGGGUAUUCGACGUCGAUGAACAGAAUUGGGAGCAGUUAACAGUCGAAAUAGAAAGGACUCUCGCAGCCUUCAAUGUCCUGAAAGGGGCUGUGCAGGCGGUUAAGGUGUUCUGUUCCGGGGAUCGAAUGGCUAGGCGUGUUAACGCGGUACUUUUGUGAGGCAUCCUUAGGUUGUUCCUCUCUUUUUCUGACGCUUCUUCGUAUCUCGCUUGUUGCACAACUUGCCCAUGCUAGUAGGCAAUUAAGUUGGGCCGACCUGACUGUACUGAUAGUUUCUUACUCAGCCAUAAGAUUGCAAUGCAGUCAUUGAUGCAA